AUGGAGUGUGCGACGUCUGGUCCUGAUUUUUAUAAUAGUCUACAGAAGAUCCUCGUCUUCAAUGCUGAAUUACAUCUUUGGGUAAAAACAAUAGGAAAAUUCGCUAAUCCUCAAUCACCAUGGCGUUGGGAUGAUCAAAAGAGUGCAUUAGUUCAAGAUAUAGAUGUAACUGUUGAAAAAGCUGGUAUUAAUUCUGAAGUAGCUUCAGGAAAAAUCGAUCUAUGGAAUUUAUCACCAGGAAGCCGUCCUCCGGCCUACGAAAAAUAUCCAUUAGAAAAAUCAAAAGAUAAAACAGUUGUAUCAAUUGGAGAUAUUAUUCAUACUGCAUUAAAUACGGCUAGUGAUACUUAUUUUGUUCCAGAAAAAUUUGCUGAUUUUGUUAAACGACCAGAACUUGAAGACUUUUUUCUUCAUUUAAUCAAUUAUUUUUAUUGGUAUUUCGAAUAUAACGAGUCUCAAGUUGUAACAAAUCCACUUUGUGUAGAAUUUAAUUAUGAAGAACGAGAUCGUAUAUCUAAUGCUGAAGGUCAUAUGAAUACAGCUCUUUUAUUUGUUGCACAAAAAUAUAGUAAUAUUGUUCUUGGCACUGGUCUUAAACAAUUUCAUCAUUUCUAUUGGAUCGAAGGUCUUGAUGGUGAUCCGUUAACAAAAAAACGAGAUAUUAUUCCAUAUAGUGGUCGUGUAUCACGAACAUUAAUUGAUCGUGGUUAUGCAGAAUUAUUAAUUAUAUUUGCUACAAUUGUUAUACGGAUUACAUUUGAAAAAAAACAACGUGAAGUAAUUGAAGCUGAAAUUGGAAGAAUUAUUCGAACCAAUGCUUUUCCGAAUCCAACUUAUUCAUCAAUUCAAAUUCGAACUCGAUCAACACGAACAGCAACGAGUGAUUAUACUACAAGCAGAAAUAGUGAAAAUCCAUCGAGUCAUAUGAUGUCAGAACGGAAAGGUACUGGAGGAAGUCAACGAAGUAUUCGAUCACAAAAAACAAUAGCAACAGCAUCAACGGAUAUGAGCCAUACUUCUAAUGGUAGUAAUAAAAGUGGAACAAAACGACAACCAUUCCAACGAUUAUUAACGCAACGAUCACCUAUUGUUGUUACUUUACUUCCAACAGCACGUGAUCAAAGUGCUUGGUUAUUUUCACGACGUCACGGUAAAAAUGAUACACGCCCGAAAAGUCCUAAUAUGAUAUCUGAAAAGGAAUUUCAAAUACGACAUGAUGUUGGUGUGCUUGGUCAACCGAUUGAUACAUUAACAUUAAUUGUUAGUGCAAAUACACCAGCUGUAAAUACAUCUGCUUCUCAACUGUCACAUAUCGAUUUAAAUCGACGAAGUAGUGAUACUGAUAGCGGAAUUUGA